CAACAGGGCAACUUUCAGGAAAGCAAUCACCUACCCAGUGCUUUCUGCGUACUCGAUCUUGCGAGUUUGUUGUGCACUGCUGCAGACAUUCCCAGACUCGGCUCAAAACAGAUGUCGCCGAGUCACAAAGACGACGGAAGGAGCGGAUCCCGGGCGUCCACCUCCGGCAGUACCGACCUAGAGGCCCCACCACUGAAUGGAGACAUCGAGACAUCGAGUUCCAGCUAUGUCAGCGACAAAACCAAGAGCAGCUCAGAGGUCGAGAACACUGAAGAUGACCUGACCACCAGCGAGGGGUCCGAGGAGGCCCUGACCUCGUUGCCAAAGCGGAGAGCUCUGCGGCCACUGGAAGCAGAGCCAGUUGGUUGGUCUGGAGUACGGCGACGUGCCAUCUUGCGGUCCGUGCUAGCGGCCACCUUGGCGAUCACCGCCAUCAUUUGGCCCUUGGUGGCCUUCGCCGUGAAUGGAAAGGCCCCCUGCGAGCACGAGGAGUAUAAGGUCUCAGCUUACGUGGUCAUCUCCUACAGCACCGUCAUGUCGCUCUUAUGCCUUCGCAUGGUGUUGAACUCAGAGAUGACUUGGUGGUUGCUAUCUCCCUUCCUCGUGCAGCAGCGAUGGCACAUCUUCCUGGAUGCCACGAAUGUGUGGCUGCUUCAUAUCGCUACCAACCCGCUCUGUUCUUUGAGGGCGUCCUAUGCGGACACCCACGUCUUUCGAACUCUCAGCUUGGUGUGUCAGAUCUUCUUUUGGUUGAACAAGUUCAUGGGCUACUCGAUCAUCACCACUCACCUGGUGAUGCUGGAGCGUGCCUUCGACCGGCCGCUAGGAACGAGGUUUCUGGACUUUCUGAAGAUCCCCUUUGGCCUGGGUCUUCUUUCGGGAAGCAUCCUGCUGUGUUUCUUUCACUUCUUCGGAGAGAGGCAUUGGGCCAUCCUUUGCGUGGCGGCCAUUGAGCUCAGCGUGGUGUUUUCCACCCUCUUCGUGAUGGUGCUCAUGACACGCGGCUUUCUUCUAGCCUUGCGCGCAGCCCAGAUGUAUCGCAACCAUGGAACCAGCUCGGUGGCGCAGAAGGAGAUGGUGGAGAAGGCCCUGCGAUUCUCCAAGCGCAUGGUCUUUGAGACGCCCUUGAACCUCACUGUGGUGGCAGCUGGCUUCUUCACCCAUUGCUUGUGGCUUUUCUAUGAUCAUCCCCCUGAGGAGAACGUGCUGGGAGAUUACGAGACCAUCUUCGAGAACAUCUACGUGAUGACCGCCAUGACCUCCUUGACCAACUGCGCCAGAUUUGGCUCCUUGCUCUCGUUGGUGGAGAUGGGCACCUCGACCAAGACGAAGCUCCUGCGUGCCGCGCAGAGUAUGCGGAGUUCUGCCUCACAGACCUUUGGGCCUGAGUGGCGAACAGGCCAUGAGGAGUGGGAUGCGAAGACGUUGGACUUAUCGAAGAGAGCUAUCAGCCUGUCGGCGCUCUUGGACUUCUAUGGCUCGUUGCAGGAGCGGAUGCCACACUUUGACCCGGCGAAGCACACCACGGAGGAUGUGGUGCGCCAGGCGAUCAUCCCCAUGUCCCGUGGCACCGUGCAUGGAGACUGCGCCGCCUGCAUGGUGCUCAUGGGGGAGCCUUUGAUGCCGGACCGCAUGGUCACCCACAGCUGGUCGAACCUCUUCGCUUGCCUAGUGGCUGCCGUGGUGGCAGAUGCCUUAGGCCUGCCUUGCUAUGAGUGCGUGUUGCGUGAUGACCGGCUCUCACCAAAGGAGCUGGGUGCCCUGCGGGCGGAGCUGUACUGGAAGAACAAGCUCGAGACCAAGUACUGGAUUUGCUGCUUCGCCGUGAACCAGCACGCAGGGAUUUGCAACUCGAUGCCCCGGAUGGACCCGGUGACCCAUCGCAGUCCGAUGCCCUGUGCUUGUGACCAUCCGAAAUACUGGAGUGAUACCGAGCCGCUGAGGGAUGGGCAGAGCGUCAACUGCGAGAUGAACAAGUUCGAUGACAUGAUGAGCUGCAUCGCGUCCUUCAACCCUCGCUUUAGCCAGCUGAUUGCCGUGGAUCGUGACUUCAAGCUGUUUACCCGCGCCUGGUGUGUAGCCGAGAUCCAUCGGGCACAGUCCAUGCGCCUGGCGCAACGCAUGAGCAUCUUUUCAGAGGGCAAUCUGAGAGAGCACGAAGAAUGGCUGCACUUGCUGAAGGUGGAACAGAUGAAAGCUUCAAACCCUUCAGAUACGGAGCUGAUCCUGGCGAAGAUUGACGAUAAGCAACGCUUCAACGAAGAGCUUCAGUCCUUGAUCUUUGAUGAAAAUGGCUUGGUGCAAGCGUGCCAUGCAGGCUUUGACAAGGUCUCAUUGCUAGGUGCUAUUGCCCAGAGAGGGGCAACACGAGGAAUGAGCUCUGCAUAGCUACCUGAGGCUCACCAGAGCAACACAUGCACAUAAAACAUGUGCACUAUUGUGCACUGUUUAUUAGUUCAGUCACUGAGUCCGAUGAGGCUCGCAUGGGCAGCACGUGGCCGUGCACUGAACUUUUUAUAUGUAGCAAAUCGUGCCAUUCGCUUGGACUGGCCCAAGCUGAGGGAUGAAGCACCUGCGGGCAUCUGUCACAGAGGGUCAGCGGAAGUUUCGACGGAUGCCAGGGUGGUCUUCCGGAAGCAGGUCACUUUCUAACUACAGUAAUUGGCGUCCAAAACGCCGGUGGGCGACAACACAUCCGCUUUGUG